UAUUUAUGAUAUUGAUUUGCCAGUCUCAGAAUCACAAUUCUAUAUAGAUAUAUGUUAUCAAUUUAUGGAAGCCUAACCCUAUCUCAGUAAUUCAAACCAUUGCAGGUUUCUCUAAGAAGCUCCCAUUUCCAGUCUGCUUUUCAGGAGCUGUUUUGCUGCGUACCUGUAUGAACAAUGGGAAUGAAAGAGAGUGUCAAAAAUUAAGUUAAAGACAUUAAGGAUCAAGGUUUGAGGGAGGGGCCAUUACAUUUCUAAGAAAGCAAAGCAGGCUUUUGAGUGAUGAAAGUAAGAGUUGGGUUGGGUUAGUGAUACUGAAACAGUUAAGGACUGUUUUGUCUGUCUUAUAACCUUUUUCAGGUUAAUUCAGUUCUACCAAAGCACACGCCAGCAUGGCCUCAAGGAAUGGCAGCAAUCCAGCAGAAAGGAGGAGGACAGGAGAGAGACGCAGAUCAUCCCAGGAAAUGGCAUCAGAGGACUUGGUAGCUCGACAGACUGAGGAGGUAUUCCAGAGCUAUGCUUUCCAUCGAUACCAGCAGGAGCAGGAGCAGACUGAGGGGGAUGUGCCAGUUGACCCAGAAAUUGCUGCAAUUCAGCAGGAGCCAGACAGUGUCAACAGCCAGGUGGGUCGACGCUUAGCUACCAUUGGUGAUGACAUCAAUGCACGGUAUGACAAGGAGUUCUCUGAGAUGCUGAAGUCCUUGCAGCCUUCCAAGGACAAUGCGUAUGAAUACUUCACCAGAAUAGCCUCCAGUUUGUUUGAAAGUGGCAUCAAUUGGGGUCGUGUGAUAGCCCUGCUGGGCUUUGGCUACAGGAUGGCAAUCCAUGUAUACCAGCAUGGGGUGACUGGCUUCCUGAGAAGAAUUGCACAUUACAUGGCUGAAUUUGUGCUACACAACCGGAUUGCCCGAUGGAUUGCUCAGCAAGGAGGAUGGGUGGCAGCACUGGACUUGAGCAAUAUUUAUUGGAAAUAUGUGGUGAUAGUAGCAGCCGUUAUCUUGCUGGGCCAAUUCGUUCUGCGGCGUUUCUUCAAUCAGUGACAGGAAAGGAAAAUGCUGCUGGCUUGUUGCAUAAGAAAGGAAGAUCCAAGAAACAACCAAAGGGAAAGCGAUGCAUGUUACCAGCUUCUGUUCCACCAGGGCAUCUGUUUGUUUAUCCUCAUCAUGGUGAUCCCAAAGCAAAAAAGCCUAUAGCUUAGUAUUAAAAAGAAGAGUGGAACCAAGCGUGGGGCAGAAUUUAUUCCAUCAAGAGACGUUUGACCAGCAGCUCUUCGUGAGAAAUGUCCAGGCAGGUACUCAUGGUGUGGUAGGUGAGAAGAUGGAUGCACUUUCCUCUGCAAGGUCUUUUUAAGAAGAACACAUCCUCUUCGAGAACAUUCUCAGGACUAAUUGAAUUCUCAACCAGCUGAAUCUCAUCACCAUAGGAAGAGCAAAACCACAUGGGACUGUCCCUUGACCUGUGCAGACCUGUUCUGAGUAGUUCUUCUGCUUCUAUGAGCUGGACUAGGGCUGAAAUAAUUGAGUGAUUGUAGAGCUCUCUGGAUUUAUCUGAGGAUCAUAUGCAAGAUUAGAUCCUCUAGAUAUGAAUAUAUAUAUAUAUAUAUCUAAAUAUUCCAGGGGAGAAGGGAAAAGUGAUAGCCACAAUAUUUUGUUAGACUAUAGGCACUUUUUCAUUCACUUGAUAAUUGCUGUCCUAAGAUAGUUGUAACAAUGGGCAGAGUAGCUCCUCUUGCUUGCUUUGAAACAAUGUUGCAAUGAGUCUUCUGUGGUGAAGAGAGUCAGCUGCUUGUAAAGGUUAAGAAAUGAGGCCUUGCUACUUUUCAAAGGGUGAUGCUCUGUUUCCCUCUUGAUUGGGCAUGAUUGUGGUUUACCUUAAAGGGGGAUGUGUGUUUGGGAGUGGGUGACAAAUGGAGCACAUUUCUUCAGGUUUCAUUAUACUUGUUUAUCUUUUUGACAAUCGUUAAAUGUGUCUUACCCGAAGGAUGGACAAAAUGCUGUCACAGGAGUUGGAACCUCUGCUUUUCCCAAGGGAAAAUGGGUACAAUCCAGCCAAGUUGAGCACAUUUUAAGGCCACCUCCUGUGAAAUUAGUGAGGCUUGCUUCGCAUAUAAUCAGGCUGCAUCUUUUAUUGAUUUCAGUGGGAAGGAGAAUAUGUGCCUAAUCUAUCUGAAAUCAGGGAAUUUACAAGUGCUUAACUGUUUGGAUCAUGCUUAACUGAAGUUCUUCCUUGCCUGCUUCACCAACCAUCUCAGUGGAAAUGCAGAAUUCUUUGCAACAGAAGCAGGCAAAUGUGCAAAGCUGAAAUCUUCUGUUCAGAGUAAUUGUUUGUUUUUUAAACUUGGGGUUUUUUUUGUUUUGGUUGUUUUUUUUAAAAAAGCAAAGCUAAUUCUAUUACUUUCCCUCAAACACUCUUGCAAAUGUUUACUUUAUAUAGCUUUUUUCUGCUGCUGAGUCUCAUUUUGAUAUCUAAGAUAAAACUACUAUGGAUGUCAGGAAAAACUAAGAUUUCAGAUACAACUCUGUUCUCUUUCCAUGCUUUAUAAAGCCAUAACUCAAUAGUGAAACUUGAUGAGUAGUUUUUCCUGUCAUUCUGUUACCAAAAACUCUUAAGCAGAUGACUUGAAUGUAGUAUGAAUAUUUUUUUACAUUUCUGAAAUUCUUUUUAAAAAGACACUUCUAAGAUCUUCUGAAUGCACAUGUCAGAAUUUUUUUUAAUCUUCAAUUUUAAUACUGAAAAAUAUUAAGUUUUCAGUUUGAAGUUAAUAUCAGUCUGAACCUGAUCAUAGUCUUAAAAGAAUUGUCAUGACAAGGGAUAUGUAAAUACAUCUAUUUCUUUUUACAUGAAUCAGUGUUUGAGGAUUUGGCCAAUGUUUGAACCUCUUGUGGUAGAAAAGUAAUCUAAUACACUCAUUUUAAUGCACUUUUCUUCUUGAGUUUUCCUUAAAAACUGUCUUUAUGCAUAUUUUACCCUAAUAUACACAUUUUUGUGUGCACAUCUCCUUAAUAUAUGCUUUUUUGUAUGAAUAUUUUUGAAUUGCAAAUUGUAUCUCAAAACUAUGAAAAGUGCAGAUUUCAGUAUACAGAUUCACAGUGGUGAACUUGAUAAGUUCCUAUACCAAUUGAACAAAUUUCUCCCUUAUUCCUAAACAUGACACUCUGCUCUGUUUAUCUUAUAACAACUUACUUUGAAGGAGGUCCCUUUUUUUGUGCUGGAGCAUGCUGGUGGUGCUUUAAGUUCUGAAACAAAACAAUUCUAAACCUUAGAAUAAAGCCAUUUACAGAAGCUCUUGCAAAUGAACUUUUUCUAAAGCCUUUCAUGUGUGAAUGGCUCAGCAUAGUAACUUAAGACAGGAUGACUUAUAGUUAGGGGGUUCAGGCAGAUGCUUCUUGUAAGUAGGACCUGUGUGAUGAUCAUAGUUCCAACCAAAGCAAAUAGAAUGCACAGUAAGUGUCACUAGUUGAUCUGAAGCUUACUCUGUUUUUCACCAGCACAAUGCAGUAGAUUGUUCUGUAGUCCCCAAAAUCUGUACAAAAGCAGCUGCUGAUAUAUAGCAGACCAUAGCAGAGACUACUUGGAAAAGCCUGAGCACUGAAAAAAAUCACCUUUCUUUAACAUUAGGGCAGCUGCUCUGCCAAGUGCUUGAAGGUAUCUCUUGCAGCUAAUUUUGCUUCCUUGAUGCUGGGAAUGAAUUCGGUAUUUUCCCUCAAGAAUAUCUUUUGAGGUUCUGUCAUGAGUUUGCCCUACAGCGUCUCCCAAGUGCCACUUAGUGGGUGAAUCUACCUCUGAACUCUCAGGUUUGGGUCCAAAGGAAACCAGGGCCCCCAUCACUGAAACUCAGAAGAGUAUAAACUGUGGUCAGAAAAUAGCAGGAGGACGACUGCAAUAGGACCAUCUUUCAGCCAGGUGCAGGUUAUCCUUAAUGCCUUAUAGAUGCUUGCACAGAUGCUGUGGUAUGCUGUGCUUUUUCCCCAUUAUUGGUUCUAGGGUUGCUUUGUUCAGAUCUAGGUUCUGCUCCUUAUUUAUACCAAGCAGCAACAUUUUCCCUCUCUCAUUCCUGCCAUUAUUCUGCUGUCUUUGACAUGUUUAUGUGAAGGCACAAUCAUUCCCACACAAUUCUGUUGCCUGGGGCUAACUUUGUCUAUAGGCAGCAUUGAGGCUGCUAUUUUAGGUGCCUCAUAAGGACAGAGAGCUGAUAGUUGUUUUUACUGUCAGAGGAGGAGAGUGGAAAUUGUGAGACUUUUCUGCCUGGAGAGUCAGAACAAUUUGGCUAGCUUUGGUAUGAUAAUCCUUGACUUUGGAAGCAGGAAAAGCAACACACAAUUCGCUCCUCUGCCUCAGGUGACAAAAAGUCUUGGGCUAACAUGCUUUAGAUGGUUGUGAAAGUGAGCCCGCAGAUACAUAAAUAACAAAUAAAUAGAGGAUGCCCAGUGUGAUUUAGGAAGCAGACCUGGGCAUGACUUCCAAGGACAUUUUCCAGAAGCUUGAGUAACUCCAGUUGAUUUGUGCAAGCAAAUAAUUACAUAGAAUAAAUGCCUAGCUACAGAUAGGCAUAAAAGAACAUCAUUUGCCUUGCUGCAUUAGAUGUUCCUGUGUCCACCUUUUCUCCUCCCCUGCAAAUUGAGGAAAACAUGGCUCUCAUUUCCAUUGUCCUCAUGGGUAAGAUGCCAGAAGAUUAAUGAAUACGCUGGGAUGGCUCCACUGCAUCUUGCUAUAAAGCAUGGCACUUUCUUCUCCUCUGCCUUUACUGGCAGCGGAUGCUUGGGACAUUCCUUGGUCAGGUGUCCCCCAAGACAAAACAGUGUGUGGCUUUUUAACAGUUCAUUGUAGGUACAACUGCCAUGAAAUCCCAGGACCCUGCCAAGAAUCCUGCUGCAAAUUUCAAGGCACACAAGGAGCCCUAGCCAGGCGUAUUAGCUCUGCUACCCGAUCUGAACUGAAGGGUUGCCUUACACCACAUCCCACUCUGCCUGUCCUGCUAGGAAAAACCAUAGCAGUGGUAGAAAGUUGUCUGAGAGAAAGUUGCCUGCUGUUGCUAAUUAUACUGAGGUUCCCUGAUAGGAUUUGAAGACAUGGCAGGAUUCUCAGCCUAGUUUAAAGACCAAAACCAUCUUGCCAAUUACUACAGCAUUGUUUAGGGGAGAAAGAAAAAAUUACUACAGGAAUGUCUGAUAAUAAAUAUGUAACACCUUCCAUUUUGCCUUGUAUCUGUCAAGGUAGACCUCUCUCCCAAUUCCCUCCAGAUGCAUUGGACUAAACCCCUCUCCCCACAAAUCUCUACUCAUCUUACUCAAGAAGAUGUGCUAGCAGGGUAUUAUGGGACUUGUAACUCAGCAACUGAAGGAUACCAAGUUAGUGAGGGCUACAUCAAGGGCUGUCCUUGUUUUCAGGGAAGACUGAAUAGAGAACUCUUAACAGCAGCUGCAGAAAUGGUGGUAGGAUUACCUCACUGUUUUAUAGAAGCAUUUUUGUGAAAGUCACAGGAGCCAGACUGCCUGAUAACUUGAACUUGAAGGAUAUGUCAAUAGCAGUUCAUUCUUACAGUUUCCCAAUUCUGUCAAGUAUGCAUAUCAGUAAAGGAAGAAUUCCUAAGGACACAAAAUUUAACAUUUCUAGCAAUGUGAGAAUUCCAGUCAGGUAAGAACAAGUCCCUAGUGGUUGUAUAAAGGUUUUACAACUGGAACUGGAAUUGCUCCAGCAGAUACAUUAUGCAGCCUUAGAAAUGUCUGCUACUGACGUCUUAGAAGAUGUAGGUAUGAUAUCUAUUUAAGCUGUGGUACAGUAGAGUUCAGCUCUCUGAAAGCCUCAGUUUUCUUUAAAAGGAUGUAUUUAGCUCUUUUGAUUGUGAAAAUAUUUUGAAAACUCUGGGUAAUCCUGUUGAAAUUGAGCCAGAGAGGUAGCAAUAUAACAUUUCCAAUAUUUACUAGGGAACCUGUUGAACUCCAUAGUUUCUUGUGCCCCUCCAUGACUAACAGACUGACUUAUCUGCUUUGAAAUAAAUAUUAUGGAUUGCAGAAUUUUCCAUUUUUGGUUUAAAAUUUGAGUAGUCUGGGCACAACAUUUUAACCCAUAAACAUGUAACACAGAGCCUGAUACUACUAUAUCUUUGCCACCCUGUUGAUCUAAGGUAUUUGCUUCAACACAUGAAGAACAUGACAUAAAUGGUUUCUGAGAACUGGAUAACACCAUUUGAUUUAAAUUCUCCAUCUGAGCCAUGGGAAGAUGUGCCUCACUGAAGCAUUUUAAACACUCCUGAUGACAUUUGUUGCAACUUUGAAUUUACAUUCAUGAAAGAUGAAAGCAGUGGUUUACUAAAUGAAAACACUGUAGUCAAUGGAGAAAUAUGUUGGGUUUUUUUUAGUUGGUUAUAGUUUUGUUUUGUUUUGUUUUUUAAGUUACAUACUUGAAGGGAAUAUAAUAAUGAAUGACUUUGCUUUGUGCCAUAUUUAAAAGGCUGCUCAUUGUUUCCAUGCGUCAUACCCAGUUUUAGAACCCCCUUUCCUCAGGAAUUUAAAGGGAAUUAAGCAAACACAAUAGAGCAGUGUUUCCCAACUUUGUCAACUUGUAAGAUGUGUGGACUUCAACUUCCAGAAUUCCCAUGCUGGCUGGGAAACACUGUUUAAGAGGUACUAGCCUAUGUGCCAAUCAGCCAGAAUCCCCUUUUUCCAUUACUUUAUUUAGAAAUCUGAAUCACCAGGUAAAGCAAGAACUUUCCACUCACCCUGGAAAAGAGCUGCAGUCUUCAGAUCACUUAGGUAGGUACCAUCAAGCCCAACUAUAGAUAGGCAAGCUUUGGAAUAAAUUCAGAUCUUGAAGGAUCUUGUUGAGAUCUUGUUGAUAGUCGAGAUCACAACUAUCGUUUCAACUUGCACUGGGUUGAGGUUUGGAAUUAUCAAUACAGUUAAAUACAGGAUAGCAUCUAGCAGAGAUAUUUCAUCUGAUCUCAAUAUAGCAAGGACUUUUCUGUUGGUGUUGGGUAAAGAAGGUAAUCAGAUCAAUCAUGUCUCAAGCAAAAAAGAACCACAGGUGGGUUCCAUUCUACCUCCAUCAUAGAAAAAAGGAAGUGACCCUCCAUGGGGAUGCUAUUGUUUCUGGAGAUACAGAGAAUGUGUCUUACCGCAUACCAUAAAUGUACAAGCAUUUCAUUGUAUGCCAUAUCCAUGAGGAAAUGUAUUGAGUUUUUACCAGAAAGCUGAAUUGUUUAUGUACUUUUUUAAAAAAAAUCCUUAAAUUGUGAAGUGCCUAGCACACUGUUGGUGCAAAGUAAAUGGUAUAUAGCAGUUUCUGUAAUAUAUAUAUUAUAUACACACAUUAAAAUAAAAUAUGUGUUUAUUCAUAUGCUUCUACACUCUUUGAGCAUAGAACUCCAAAUGUAAGUCAUAUUUAAAGGUUCUCUUGUUUUUUGUUUUAAGAAAAUCAUUGAAAAUAUAAGUGCUUUGAAAGGCACCUGUGACUUAGUCAUCACACUGGUGUAUGCCAUAAAAGGUAUUGAUUAUGCUAUGUCCAGGAUUGGAUGAAGGGUAGCAGCUUGAAUAUGCAAUUUUUUCUUCCUGCUUUUCUCUUUUCAAAGGUUAAGAUUGUAUUUCCCAUGUUGGCAGUCUGAUGAGCACAGACAAUUAAAGGGAAUUGGAAAUGAUAAGAAGUUAAUGAAGGAAAAAGCCAGUUAACUUGCAUAGCCAUAAUGGUACUGUUCGACAUGGAAAAUAGACAGGAAGACUUAGGUUGCAAUCUGAUCUAGUGGGGGGUGCAUCCCGUUUGGAGCUGAGAGCCAUUCUUGGCCUUUAAAUGGCACGCCAGUGGCCCGCUUUUCAAAAAGCAGGAAGGCAAGGACACAAAGCUGUACUGCAUUUAAAUUUCAUUCAGUUUAAAAUUAGAGAUUCCUUUAAACUGUUUUCUGUAUUAUUUCACAUUCGAGUACAAACUGCAGCCCAUGUACAAAAAGGCCUCUUGUGAGCACCAACAGUAGCUGGCUGAAGCUCAGGGUGCUCCUUUUGGUGCUCAGGGCGGGAUGUUUCAUAUGCUUGCAUGCUUAGGAUGGUUCAAAGCAAAAAUGUUUGCACAGCUAUGAUUAAACCUAAUUAAAUAUAGCAAAUAUUUGUAUGUUUGCUUUCAGAUUGAAAAUUACAAUUCAAGAUGAGUUUUGGAAAGGCUCUGGAAGCAUUAUCCAAAGCGGAGGUGGGGGGGGUGCAAAUUGCGCAGCUCUGCUGUCCACUCUCACCCAUGAUUAAGGCCUGUUGAAUUCCAGUGGGCUAAUUUAUCAGAUAUGUACAGAAGUGCACUAUUGUAGGAUCUUGAAAAAAAAUGGAGGUGGUCAUUGUCAACCUAUGGUGACCAUUCAUUGCAUACCAUCAAAAAUACCAGCUUGGUUUCAAGCAAGUGUGUAUCUUUAUUAUAUUACUGUAAGACUGUUGUAUCAUUAAUCUAUUAUGUACGGGAUCCAUUGCUAAGAAAGUGAGUUAUGUUGUACCCAAUUUUCCGUAGAAUGGGGAAGACAAUGUUUGGCCCUCCAAAUGAAUGUUUGCCUCCAAUUUCCAUCACUAUUGGCCAAACUGACUGGGAGUAAUGGAAACUGGAGUUCCCACAACUCCACCCAUUGCCCAACUCUGUUGCAGUAAAACUAAAUCAAGGUACAUUUGUUAAUAUAUUUUAUUAUUGUCUUGGUUUGCAAUCUGUUUAAACACAUAAAAACAACAAAAAGAAGGAAGAGAGUAUUAAAUAUCUGAAAAUUAAAAAGUCACCUGGUUUUGACUGUUGGCUUAUUAUAGUAAUUCCCAUGGAAGUUAUUUGGCUCUGUGUCUGCAGCUGUUCAAAGAGCUCAUGGGGAUUUUGAAGUGUGAACAUGCAUAUACACACUUCGUCUCAGUGACAUUCCAACCAUUAACUAGAGAUAGCCACCCUUUGGAUCUUAGGACUUUCAUUUCUUCUUCCCAGGGAGUUUUGGGCUUCUGUUCAAUGUAAUGUGGUGUUGUUGUUUUAAAUCCUUUCUUCACCAAUGUUAACAUUUGGAAAUAUUUUUCCAAAUAUGUAAAGUAUACCUGUCCUGUUUUCAGCCAGUAAAGGAAACUUUAUGCAUUCUGUAAAGCAGAAGACUCCAAAUAUUUUGGAUCAGGAAGAAGAUUUGGAAUUUUGAGAACAUAUUGAAUACUCUCACAAAAUGGCUGCUAUACCAGGCAUGACCAAUUACAAAACACCAAUUUCCAGAAAGCAAAUAUGUUUUAAGGGUAUCACAAUAGGAAAAAAAGUUGUAUUCU